UUUCAGAAAGUUUGAAAUGUUUAAAAUAAGCACUGUUUGCUCCUUCGGAGCCUUGACGUUAACAACGUUUCGUCCCGCGGGCUCGGCAGAUUCCGCGUAUCACGAUGAUGUUGCAUUAAUUCACGACAAAUCGCAAUGGCGGACGGAGGCAGGCCAGCUACGGAAAAUCCCAACGCCCAAGUAAUAAACGAAUUAGAACUUGUUGAAAAAGUGUUCUUGAAAAUUGUGCUAGCAGACACUGAUGAGAAGCUUGAAAAAGCAUUUGCUACUUUCCUUGCUCCUGUUCUUUUAAAGCUUGGCAGCAACAAAGAAGUUGUGAAAAAUAAGGUCAUUGAACUUCUUACUCAUAUAAACAAAAGGUUAAAAAGCAGUACCAAAAUAAAACUACCUUUAGAGUCACUUCUCAAGCAAUAUGAGGAUAAGAGCACACACCAGUUUGUCACUAAUUUUACAUUGAUUUACAUAAGAAUGGGAUUCAAGAGGUUGGAGUUGACAGACCGGUUGAGUUUCAUUCCAAGGCUUUUUCAGCUUAUGAAGCAAAGACCAAGACAACAACAGGAAAUGUUUCUUCAGAUGAUUGUCCCUUUACUGAAUGAAAUAAAAUUGCCAGAUGACAUUGAUGCAAAGAAGAGAACUAUCACUUUCUUUGAUGACAAACAACUAUGCUCACUUUUCUUAGACUUUUCAAUGGACUUUUUGUUUUUGCCAUACAGCAAUGAUGCAGUUGUAUCUACACAAGAUUCUCAUAAUUCUGCCAGUAUUCCUGCUGGCCUUAGUAAAGUUGCCUUCCAGAGAUUUAAAUUUGAUCCACCAUUGACCUCAAAUGAGAUUGAGCAGGCAAAACUUGGAAUAUUGAAGAUCACUAGCUCUGAAGUUUUACCUGCUGUUGAUGUAAUUGUUCAUUUUGUUGUUGCAACUGGAGACAGCAAACACAGUGUGUCUGACAAAGGAGAGCACUGUAUUAAGAGACUAUCAAGCGCUGUAGAUUGGGAAAAGAGCGAAAUAGUUGACAAGUUAUUGAAAACUUUCCAAGGAACUGUUGUUGCCCCAGGAAACGCAAAACAGGCUUUAACUGCAGAUCAGGCAAGGUCUCCUGCAAGUAUGCGAUUGAAAAUGAAAAUAUUCCCAUAUAUAAUUCGCUCGAGAUCAGCUGCCAACAGAAAUCCUGCUGCAGCCAUCAAGAUAAUUUUUGAGAGCCUCUUUGGGGAAGAAACCAAUGCUCGAUUGAAGAAAUAUGCUGUUGAGUUUUGUCAUCAUUUGUGUCUUUUUGGGUCAGAGAAAACAAUGUCCUUUGUUUCUCCAUUGCUAUACCAAGCUUUCAUCAAGAUCAUCUCUGACAAAAAGCAGGAACUGAAACUGCGAAGUCUCGCCUAUUCUGGCCUUGGGAAACUUUCAAAACGCGCUACCGGCCUUUUUAAAAGAGAUAUUGCACUUGUGCAGAAGCUUUUCAAUGUGCUUGAAGAGGAAGAAAGAGAGAUUGUCUUAUCGGUCCAAGAGGCAUUGUCAAUGAUUGCCCCAGCUUAUCAUGGAAUUACCGGAACUGAUUCAAGUUUGAUGGAGACAUUAAUACUCAGCAACUUGGAAAAGGAGUCUUCCCAGGCCCGACUAGCUGCUCUUCAGUUUGCGAACGGUGUCUUUCCUGUGACCCAUGUCCCAUCAAGAUACGCCUGUCUGCUUUCGUCAACAGAUGUGAAAGAUGAUGUCAGAGAGGAAGCCAAGCGUGGGCUGAAACCUAGUUACGGUGAAGAUCAAGAUUUAGAAAAGAGCAUUGGAAAAUAUCCUUCAUUCGCUGAACUUUGUGAUUUUCUACAUAUUAAGAUUGCAAGCAAACUGCGUGGCUCGAAAGAGAAUGUCCUUGUUUUCCCUAGUCCCAUCUUUGAACAGGUCCUUCUGUAUUUGCGUCAAAGUCUCCACGCAGCUUCUGACGUCACAAAGCAGCAACUUGCAAUGGAAGAUACAUUAAAAAAUGUUGCAGACUUUUUAAACUCUGUGCUAGAGACAAAUGAAGCAGAUGUCGAAGUGUCUUGUGUUGGCCGAUAUAUUGGAAUUUUAAAGCUUGGUUUGGUCUCAGCUGCGGGCGCAUCUCUACAGACAGUUGCACUUGAAGGCCUUUUGGAGGUCGCAGCUGCUUUGCCCGAAAGAAUACGUUCGUUUUUAGAAAGUGAUAUCACUUCUAUCAAGGUGUUUAUGAAGUCAUCAAAGGAGAAUUCAAGGUCUCAUGCUGCAAGAAUUUUGAGUAUCAUAUUGGAGUCAGUUGCUGAAUCAGAGUUCGUGAAAUUAGUUAAGGAGAUGAUAGCAGAUGUUAAUCACAAGAAUCCUGACAUUCAACAUGGGGCAAUGCUUGGCCUUGCAUACUGUAUAGCAAGACGUAUAUGUGUUAACAGCUCGAGCAAGAAAAAAUUGCUGUUAGAGGAUAUGGAUUCUCAUCACGACAAAGAAAAUUGUUUUUCAGAAGUUCUUGAAGAUUCUGUUAAAGCAAUUGCUGCCAAGCUUUCAGCAGAAGAUAAUUCUCAACGCAUUGCUGCAUGUGAUGCCAUUGGUGCAAUUGGACGAUAUAUGCCGUUGCCAAUCCCAGACUGCAACACAAGUGAUAAUCAAGAUGAUAUUGAGAUGCCUGAAAAGAGAAUCAAGCAAGACAGCACUGGAGAUAAACCUUUGUCAAAGGAGGUCCUGAUGAAACAAAUCAUAUCGAUGCUGGAUUCUAAAGAGACAAGGACCAAAGAGAAGGCUGCAAAAUCCCUCGGGUACAUCAUGAUUGGAGAACCAAAACAUCCUUACAAACAGGAAGUUCUCAAAGCUUUAUUCGAAACUGCAAAAGCCCGUCAGCUUGAAUUCAAUUUCACUGUUGGUGAAGCACUUUCUUGUAUUGGAGCUGGCUGUCAAUCAUUUGCUGCAAAAGAUAAAUGGCUUCUCAGCUCAUAUAUUGAAACACAAGUGAAUUGUGACAGGGAAUCAAUGCUUGAAAUACUAAAGAUGAUACUAACUAAGCAUGUGACUAGCACAGCGUCCUAUGAUAGACAGGCUGCAGCUGUGUGGCUGCUUUCAAUUGUUAAGUUUUCACCAGAUCAUCUAGCAGUCAAGGAAACGUUAGAAAGCAUACAAGCAGCCUUUAUGGAACUAUUAUCAAGCAAUGAUGAAAUAACCCAAGAUGUAGCAUCAAGGGGCAUUAGUCUUAUAUAUGAGCAGGUUUCAGAGGAAGUAAAGGAUAAACUAGUUUCACAGCUUGUUGAAAGACUCACAACUGGCAAAAGGCCAAUGCAGAAAGUUGAUGAAAAUACACAACUUUUCAGGUCUGGACAGCUAGGAUCGUCUCCUGACGGAGGAUCUUUGUCAACGUAUAAAGAAUUGUGUUCUUUGGCAAGCUCUUUAAACCAGCCCGACCUUAUUUACAAGUUUAUGAACUUGGCAAAUCACAGUGCAGUUUGGAAUUCAAGAAAGGGUGCUGCCUUCGGUUUCCUUGGCAUUGCAUCGCAGGCAGGAAAGCAGCUGGAGCCGUUUCUUCCUCAGCUCAUUCCAAAAUUAUACAGGUACCAAUACGAUCCAAAUCCUGACGUGCAGAAAGCAAUGGCAAAUAUUUGGUCAUCAGUUGUUCCGAAUGGCAAAAAAUCUCUUGACAAAUACACGAAAGAAAUCGCUAGAGACUUGAUCGACAACAUGACGAAUUAUCAAUGGAGAAUACGUGAAUCAAGCUGCAUGGCGCUUAACGAUUUGAUACGAUCAGCUCCAUCUGAAGACAUCCUAGACUUGUUGCCAGAAAUCUGGGAAACAAACUUUAAAGUGCUUGAUGACAUCAAAGAAUCUGUACGAAACAGUGCUACAAUUUGCUGCAAAUCCCUGAGCAAGGUGACAACGAGGGUGUGUGACAUAACACAGAGUAACUGCAGUGAGAAGGCAGUGGCAUUAGCUCUUCCUGUUCUGUUGAACGUUGGUCUGGCCAGCAAAGUCGAUGCAGUGAAAGCUAUAAGUUUACAAACCAUGGUUCAGAUCAGCAAAUCAGCCGGUAAGAAGCUGAAGCCACAAAUCGCUAAGUUGGUAAUUGCUCUUUUAGAGUCCCUUAGUGGCCUUGAGCCUCAGUAUCUAAAUACACUUGAUCUGCAACUUUCCAAAAGCAAGGAUGCACAAGAAAAGCUUGACGCUAUCAGAGUUUCUGCUUCAAAAUCAUCUCCUAUGAUGGAUACGAUUAACAUGUGUGUUCAAUAUAUAGACCCAGAAAUCCUCACUGAGCUAGUACCUGGACUGAGCGAGCUUAUAAAGACGGGAAUAGGUCUUGGCACCAAGGUUGGCUGUGCGAAUUUCGUCAUCUCCCUCACAAUUCAGUGUCGAAAUGAUCUUCAGCCAUUCGCAGGCAAGCUGCUUGCGUCACUAUUAAGUGGAUUCAGCAUCCCAAACAACACUGUAAAGAGAUCAUACGCCAAUGCCAUUGGGCAUCUCGUCAUGUUUUCCAAAGACUCAAGUGUUGAGAAAUUGGUGGAGAAGUUAAAAGGAUGGUAUAUGGAGAAAGAAGACACGACUCGUCAGUUGGCAGUUGCCUGGACCUUCCAAAGAAUUUCUCGACACUCACCCGAUGUUUUGAAAUCACACGCAGCUAUCGUUUUGCCAUUGGUUUUUCUUGCCAUGCAUCAGGACAAUGGAAAAGGACAGGAUUCUGGGGAAGACUCAACUCCAGAUGUACGCGAAGUGUGGGAAGAAGUCUGGGGAAAUGCUACUCCUGGAACACAGUCUGGUAUCAAGCUGUAUAUUGAAGAAAUAGUUGAAAUUUUGACGUUAGCUUUGUCAAGCCAAUCUUGGAAAUUGAAAUCUCAAGCAGCUAGGGCGAUCAAGACAAUGGCAGACUCGUUAGGUGCUUCAUUAUCACAGCCAAAUUUGGGGAAAAUUCUCCUUGUUCUUCAGCAAGCAUUGCCAGGAAGAACGUGGGAUGGAAAAGAUCAAAUUCUCAAGGCUUUGUCAUCUAUUUGUAUCAAAUGCAAAGAAGGGAUCCAACAGUCUCUCAACACGUCGACACCAUGCCCACAUAUAGAUUUACUUGUAGAUUCACUGCUCAAAGAAUGCCGAAAAGACACCAUCCAAUACAAGAUGGCGGCUUUGGAUGCAACUGGAGAUAUACUCGAGCAGUAUGAAGUUGACCGAUUCAAAGAUAUUGUGGAUAUUGUUGAUAAAUUUAUAAUGAGCAAAGAAAAAAAGUCUGGUGAUGAUGAUGAUGACAUAGCAGAUAAAACAAAGAAAGACUCUUUAAUUUCUUGUUGCAUAGAAGCCUUGGGAAAGUCGUGGCCAUCUAACCAAGCCACUCAAGAAAAAUAUUGCCCCUACAUACUGGAGGUAUUCAUUCGCCUUCUAAACACAACCAUAUGGCGGGUCCAGCUCUCCCUUCUUCGUUCAAUUGAGAGAUUUUUCAACAGACUAAAAUGGAAAGAUGCCAUGGAAAAAUGGAUGAAUGAUGAGAAUUCAACAGUUGCUUCUAUAAUUGCUGUGAAAUUGGUGGAUGAGAUUGUACUUUGUUUAGAUGGCACGUCACACAUGUCUGUGAGAUUGCAAGGAAUGAAAUCAAUUUUAGAAUUCUUACAAAAUGUUAAGGAUCUGUCUAAAGAAAAUCUUGUUCAGAUUAAGAAAAAACUUGAAGGGACUUUGACUAAGUACAGAAGCUAUACAGAUUAUGAAAUUUUGCAAGUUGUUGAUAAAAUUUUUGGAAUUUUGAAAAUUUGAUUAUUUAUUUAUUCAUAUAACUUGUUUCAAA